GGGGCGGAGCUUGCCGCCGGCGGAGGGCGGAACCCACGCGGGGACUUCUCUUGGGCAGAGCUGCGCAGCGGGGUUUUGGCCAAAUUGGGCGAGGGCACAAAGUAACCACUUACCCCUUCUCACCGAGGAGGAACGGGAGAAAGGGUAUGGCACUGUCUCAAGGCUGGGUGAAGAGAUACUUCAAGGCAUUUUGUAAAGGCUUCUUUGUGGCGGUGCCUGUGGCAGUGACUUUCCUGGAUCAGGUUGCCUGUGUGGCAAGAGUGGAAGGAGCAUCAAUGCAGCCUUCUUUGAAUCCUGGGGGAAGCCAGUCAUCUGAUGUGGUGCUUUUGAACCACUGGAAAGUGAGGAAUUUUGAAGUACAACGUGGUGACAUUGUGUCAUUAGUGUCUCCUAAAAACCCAGAACAGAAGAUCAUUAAGAGAGUGAUUGCUCUUGAAGGAGAUAUCGUAAAAACUAUGGGACACAAAAACCGCUAUGUCAAAGUCCCCCGUGGUCACAUCUGGGUUGAAGGUGAUCAUCAUGGACACAGUUUUGACAGUAAUUCGUUUGGGCCGGUUUCCCUGGGACUCCUGCAUGGUCAUGCUACUCACAUCCUGUGGCCUCCAGAGCGCUGGCAGAAAUUGGAAUCUGUUCUUCCUCCAGAGCGCUUGCCCAUUCAGAGUGAAGAGGACUGCCUGCAUGGAUCUCCCUGAGCUGCUGCGAUGGGGAGGCACCACCACCAACCCCAGGAAGAGGGAUGGAGAAGAGGAACACCAUAGGGUCAACGCUUCCCCCAAGAUGAUGCUGUGCAAGAAACAUUUCUAUCACAUUAAGAUGAUCUGUAUUAGUAGAGAAAGAGUUGUAAAAUAUUAAAUAGUAUUAAAUGUCACCUGAUUUUGUGUUAAAUUAUAAUACCCUGUUCAAUGCCAAAAAAAUGCAGACCUUUGGGAAUAUGAAAAUUUUAUUCCCAUGUCUCAAAGGGAUAAAUUUUGGAUUUUUUACGCAUACAUAUUCUAUUGAUAGAUUUUGAUUUUGGAGCUUACUGCUGGAAGAAUAUGAAGACUAAUAUGUGAUGGAAGUAAAUAACAUUACUCAGUUACUCUGAAGAUGGAAGAUGAAGAAACAUUAUACACAUAGUGUUAGGAAUUAUAAUUGACAGUAUCUACAAUGCAGUGACUGUCAGGAAGAACAGUAAACUAUGAUGUAACAAUAAAACACUGAUUUGCUCAGGUA